AUGAAAAAGUCGCUUACUAAAUACAUGAUUGAAACCGCUACUAGUAUGACGGCAAUUCCAAGUCUCACCACCCUUUGGACGAUACAUCCAUAUGGUUUCAAUGGAUACCACGCUGAAGAAAUUCCCUUAGAGAUUCUCCUGGAGCGGCUUGAGGCAGAAGAGGUGGAUGCGCUGGCGAAAGAAUGCGCCAGAUCACAGGCGUUGCAGAUGGAAGAGGAUGUGAAAAUUCUUUGCUCAAAAAUUGCAAGGAUCGAAAACGGUACCCUUCGUUCAGAGCUGACUGCCUUUGCUAAGGCCCCCCAUGAUUUGGACGGAUGCCGGUUCUGGGCAGUCCUUAUCGGUAUCGACGGAUACAGUACUAACCCACUCCGUGGUUGCGUGUCGGAUGCGCUGGAGAUGAAUGACUACUUAAUGAUCUCCGCGUUCCCAAAGAUCGCAUCCAGCUACUUCUCGGUCCCUCUGGCAAGCACUGCGACCACUGUCUUCCCGUCGAAUACCCCCACCUUAAUCGCGCGAACAUCAUCAAAGGACGAUAACAUUAUUAUCUACUUUGCCGGGCACGGUUCAUGCUAUGAUUAUCCUGACUGCCCAUAUCCCACGAGUUACAAGUCCCUUUGUCCCAUUCAUCGUGGCGAUGUGGAGAGCUCCGACAUCAGCAAGUGUACACCCGACGUCAGCAACCGAGAGAUCAACGCCAUUCUCAGGCAAGUAUGCGUUGAAAAGGGACACCACAUCACUUUCAUCCAGGAUGCCAGUAACGGUGAAAUAAUUCGGGACCAAACUUCAGAAAUGCGCAACGUCGGUUCUCUGCACUCUGGCUAUUUCGUUCGCAUGCUCGGGGCUGCCGAUGACACCGUUCGGAGGCUCCCUAUCUUUCACGAAACACCGUCCAUAUGGGUUCCGCACCGGAAAGAAGAUAGCACAUCUCACGUAGUCUUGGCCGCAGCUGAAACUGGAAAGUAUACAUAUGAGAGAGAAGUUGGACAUACCGGGUUUCGCGACAUUUUCACGCACUCGCUAGUUUGUGCACUCAGAUCAGCAUUAGGACACCUUCGAUGGGAGCUAGUAGUGCUCCGUGGACAAACGAGCGCGCUAUAUUCGACCCGUCGAUCCGACACCUAA